AUGUCAUUUCCGCGUUUCAAUACAUUGCUCCCGGAAUUGCAGCACGAGAUCAUGCGACAGUGUAAUGCGUCAGAUCUGUCUGCGCUCGCCCAAACUUGCCGUAUGAUGCACAACGAAGCCCUCCCUUUCCUCUACAGGCACGUAGACAUCAGUUGCCAUAAUGAUCCAGGCCCGCAUACGAGUCAAUUAGGCGGUGAGAUUACGGCAGAUAAUCCGACUAGGUCAUAUGCUACUUUUGGAAUGGAACGACAACGGAGUUUUCAAUCUAGGCAGGGGAUGUUCUUCGAAGCUAUCACCAAGCAUCCAGAAUAUGGCAGAUACGUCGAGUACUUGACUUGGACAUAUUUCCGAUUCUUCGACAAACCGGGACAGAAGCUCAUAGACAUACAACCUAUGUGGAUAGCUUUCAAGCACCUUGAACGAGUUAAGGUCCUUGAUUUUGCAGCAUGGGCGGAUGAAACAGUGAUGUCAGUGCUCGACCGGGCUCGUGCUCCUCCAUUGUUAUUCCCAAACGUCCAACGACUUCGCUUGACUGGCCAUAUGCCUUCCGUCUUUAUCACCAAGCUUAUAGAUUCUAAUCCCGCGGGGUUGGUGUCGCUCGAGUGCAACAACCUUAUAGACUCCGGAGAUGAGGUUAGCUAUUAUGAAGAUACGCCUAGAGGCAUAGGCAUUUCACCAUUGCAAGAUGAUGAUGACGACGACGAAUUUUUGGGGUUCGCUCCUGCAGAGCUAAUGAGUGGUCAUUUGCAGCUUCUUGAAGGUCGAUGCGUGAAGUUACGACACUUGACUAUACGGUCUCUGGGUCAGGACCUAGAUGAAACGUGGGCCGAGGCUAAUAACCCGUUUGGUUCCGUAGAAAAAGAUGAAGCAAGGUACAAAGAAUGGGCUUUGUUUAUCAGCUCUGUACGAAACACUCUCGAGAGCCUUACUAUUGAGCAAGGAACAGCUAUCGAUUUCGGUGAUGAUAACUAUUAUGGUCGUCCAAGGCUACAGAAAACCGGCCUGCCAAUGGAUGACAGACUUCUACAGUACGUCUUACCAAUAUUUACUCAGGGCCAAUGGCCAACCCUAAAGAGGCUAGAGAUACUUGGUAUAGGAAGUAAACCGCGGAGAUUUGUGCGGGAUUUCACACCUCGAGAUCCAAACGUAUAUGCAGCCGCCAGAAAAUCACUGGCAGAUCUAUUGGAGCCGGGAGGAGUGCUGGUAUUCGACAGUACCGUGCGUAGGGGCUUCUUCGACGGUCAAUAA